CAGCAGCUUCCUCUGAGUGAGUCCAGCUACAGGAGAGAAAAGUGGAAACUCCAACACUGCUGCUUCAAGCUGCUGACGCUCCACACACUGAAGCUUCACUCACAGACUCAAUGGCUUCCAGAUCAGAGGAGGAUCUCUGCUGUCCGGUCUGUCAGGAGGUCUUCAGAGAUCCUGUUCUUCUGUCAUGUAGCCACAGCUUCUGUAAAGACUGUCUGAGGAGAUGGUGGAGAGAGAGGACGACACACGAGUGUCCAGUUUGUAAGAGAAGGUCUUCAAAGGAACCACCUUUAAACCUGGCUUUGAAGAACCUGUGUGAGUCUUUCUUACAGCAGAGAGAUCAGAGAGCUUCAGAGGAUCUCUGCAGUCUGCACUCUGAGAAACUCAAACUCUUCUGUCUGGACCAUCAGCAGCCAGUGUGUGUCGUCUGCAGAGACUCAGAAAAACACAGCGAGCACAGAUUCAGACCCAUCGAUGAAGCUGCACCACAACACAAGAAGGAGCUUCAGGAAACUCUGGAGCCCUUAAAGAAGAAGUUAAAGGUUUGUGAAGAAGUUCAAGUGAAGUUUGAUCAAACAGCAGAACACAUUAAGGUCCAGGCCCGACACACAGAGAGGCAGAUUAAGGAGCAGUUUAAGAAGCUUCACCAGUUUCUAGCAGAGGAAGAGGAGGCCAGGCUGGCUGCACUGAGGGAGGAAGAGGAGCAGAAGAGUGGGAUGAUGAAGGAGAAGAUGGAGGCUCUGAGCAGAGAGAUAGCAGCUCUUUCACACACAGUCAGAGCCACAGAGGAGGAGCUGAGAGCUGAAGACGUCUCAUUCCUGCACAGCUACAAGGCUGCAGUGGAAAGAGUCCAGCGCUGCCCCCUGCUGGAUGAUCCACAGCUGCCCUCAGGAGCUCUGAUAGACCAGGCCAAACACCUGGGCAACCUGACCUUCAACAUCUGGAACACCAUGAAGGACAUGGUGUCCUACACUCCUCUGAUCCUGGACCCAAACACUGCAAAUCCACAACUCAUCCUGUCUGAAGAUCUGACCAGUGUGAGAUAUGGAGGAGAGAGGAAGAAGCUUCCUGAUAAUCCAGAGAGGUUUGAUUAUUACUGCUCUGUCCUGGGCUCUGAGAGCUUUAACUCAGGGACUCACAGCUGGGAUGUUGAUGUUGGAGACAGUAUCACGUGGGGAGUGGGUGUGUUAGCAGAGUCUGACCACAGGAAGGGAUGUGUACGGUCUGGCUUAUGGAGAAUAGGCUUCUAUAAAGAUAAAUAUUCAGCACGCUCUUUAUCAGGUCCUGAAACUGAUCUGUCAGUGCAGAAGAAGCUCCAGAGGAUCCGAGUGAAUCUGGACUGGAACAGAGGAAAGCUGUCGUUCUCUGAUCCUGAUACUAACACACACAUACACACCUUCACACACACUUUCACUGACAGCAUGUUUCCAUACAUUAAUACAUGGGGCAAAGUGAAUGUGUUGGCGUUGAAGGUGUGA